AUGGCUUCCCUGCCUCUGUGCCGCUCGCCGUCCUCCCUACUACCCUCAUGGCCUCACCGGCCAAUCUCCGCCUCCUUCCACCCUAAGAGUCCUUCCUCCCCUGUCGCUGCUCACGUCUCCGUCCAGGACACGCCUCCCCAACCUCAAGACCCGGCGCCUCCAUCUGAUUCCAGCCCAAAUGGCACAAAGCCCAGCAGCAACACCACGAGGUUCCUCUGGGUCAACCCCAACAGCCCGCGCGCCGCCGACGUCGCACGCGCGCGUGCCGGGUCUGGCCGCCGCGCGCGUCUCGCCUCCGCCGCCGCGGCGCUCGGCGCGUGCGAGCCCGCCGAGGCCGCCGUAGAGGCCGCGCUUGAGGCCGCCUUCCCCGAGCCUCCCUCCGAGCAGGACGCCGUCAUCGUGCUUAACACGGCUGCCGCCACCAGGCCGGAGACCGCCGUGCUGGCUCUCCGCUGGUUCCUGGGGAACGCCAAGGUCCGGAAGAAGGUCAUCCUCUACAACGUCGUGCUCAAGCUGCUGCGCAAGAAGCGGCACUGGAGCGAGACCGAGGCGCUGUGGGCAGAGAUGCUGCGGGACGGCGUGCAGCCCGACAACGCCACCUUCUCGACCGUCAUCAGCUGCGCGCGUGCCUGCGGCCUGCACAGCAAGGCCGUCGAGUGGUUCGACAAGAUGCCGGAGUUCGGGUGCUCGCCGGACAUGCUCACAUACUCUGCGGUGAUCGACGCGUACGGCCGCGCUGGGAACUCCGAGGCGGCCAUCCGCUUGUACGAUCGCGCUCGCGCGGAGAAAUGGCAGCUGGACCCUGUGAUCUGCUCUACGGUGAUCAAGGUACAUUCAACCAGUGGCAACUUCGAUGGUGCACUCAACGUGUUCGAGGAAAUGAAGGCAACCGGCGUGAAGCCAAACCUGGUCGUGUACAACACAAUGUUGGAUGCCAUGGGCCGCGCAUUGCGACCUUGGGUGGUGAAGACCAUCCACAGGGAGAUGGUUGACCUGCAGGUGCAGCCCAGCAGGGCGACCUAUUGUUGUCUCCUGCAUGCAUACACCAGGGCACGCUAUGGCGAGGAUGCCAUGGCCGUGUACCGACUGAUGAAAGAUGAGGCAAUGGACAUCGACGUGAUGCUGUACAACAUGCUUCUGUCCAUGUGCGCCGACAUUGGCUAUGUCGACGAGGCUGAGGAGAUCUUCAGAGACAUGAAGGCGUCCAUGGAUGCCCAUUCCAAGCCUGAUAGCUGGAGCUACUCAUCAAUGGUGACGCUAUAUUCAUCCACUGCCAACGUCCUGGGUGCAGAGGGCAUACUGAAUGAAAUGGUGGAGGCUGGCUUCAAGCCAAACAUCUUUGUCCUGACCUCACUCAUCCGAUGCUAUGGCAAGGCUGGGCGCACUGACGAUGUGGUCAGGUCAUUUGGCAUGCUCCAGGACCUCGGUAUCAUCCCCGAUGACAGAUUCUGUGGCUGCCUUCUCAGCGUUGCAGCGAACACACCAGCGGAAGAACUGGGCAAGGUGAUCAGCUGUAUUGAGACGAGCAAUGCCCAGCUUGGUGCCGUGGUAAAGCUCCUAGUGGAUAGGAGCUCCUCCCCUGAAUCUUUCAGAGAAGCAGCUAGUGAACUGCUGGACAGCUCCCGCGGCGUGGUGAAGAUGCCUUACUGCAACUGCCUGAUGGACCUAUGCGUGAACCUGAACCAGAUGGAGAAGGCCUGCGCUCUCCUGGACGCCGCACAGCAACUCGGCAUCUACACCAACAUCCAGACGAGGACCCAGACGCAGUGGUCGCUGCACCUCAGGGGCCUCUCCGUUGGCGCGGCACUGACCACGUUGCACGUCUGGAUGAACGAUCUGUAUACGUCGCUACAGAGCAGCGGUGAGGGGCUGCCGCCGCUGCUUGGAAUCCACACGGGGCAGGGGAAGAACACGUACUCGGACAGAGGGCUGGCUGCCAUGUUCGAGGCGCAUCUGAAGGAGCUUGACGCGCCGUUCCACGAGGCACCUGACAAGGCCGGCUGGUUCUUGACGACGAGCGUUGCUGCCAAGCACUGGCUGGAGACGAAGGCGGCAUCAGAACUAGUGACCGUGUAA